UUCAAUUUUCCAGAAACUUCCCCUUUGUAAUUUCGAUUCCGUCUAUUCUCUUUAACCCUCAGCCUAAACUCUCAAUAUAAAUUGGGAAGCAGAAAGAAAUCUGACUCCCAUACUCAAUUUCAUCUCCUAAUUCUCCGUUCCUCUCAUCCAAUCCUUCCCAGCCACUGAAGAAGCAGAAAGCUCGCUGCUUUGCUCCCGAGUUCCGAUACACUGUCCUUCGCUUCAAGUUCUUGCGGGCUCUUCUGUAAGUAUGUUCGAGAAAUUCCUUGUGGGUUUGAGCUAAUUUUUCUGUAUUCGAGUUUCUAAUCGAAUUGGUGAAUGAUUUGAGGGUUUCCGUUAGGUGGAAUUUAGAAUUGCUGGGAUCUCAAUGUUAAGAUUUUUUUAUGAGGGUUUUGGAGAUCGUCUUUCAAUUUAAGCUCUUUUAACGUUUCUGGUGGGUUUAUGGUUUUUAGCGUUUCUGCUUUGAUCUAGGGUUUGGAAGGAGGGGAGAGAGUAGGGAAAUCUCGACCUAUUCUGCGGCUGAAAUUUCAGGCGAUGCAGGUUGCUGAGGAUUUCGAAUGCAAUAUCUGCUUUGACUUAGCUCAGGAUCCAAUUGUUACCCUCUGUGGCCAUCUCUACUGUUGGCCAUGCCUCUACAGAUGGCUUCACCACCACUCCAACUCUCACGAGUGCCCUGUUUGCAAGGCUCUAAUUCAGGAAGAGAAGUUGGUACCUCUAUACGGCAGAGGCAAAACACAGGUCGAUGAUCCUCGGUCCAAGUCGUAUCCAGGCAUCACUGACACCCCUCCAAGGCCUGCUGGGCAAAGGCCGGAGACCGCCCCACCCCCUGCACCAGACAACGAUUUCGGUAACUUUGGGUUUGGACCAUUGGGAGGAGGGUUUGUUCCGGCGGCUAGUGGAAGGAUCGGCAACUUCGCGUGGUCUGGUGGAUUUGGUAUUGGUUUUUUUUCUCUGUUCCCAUCAUUGCUCAAUUUCCAGUUCCAUGGAUUCCAUGAUGCUGCUGCCUAUGGAACUGCUCCUGGUUUCCAUAAUGGGUUUCAUAACUUCCAUGGUGGCCAUGCCAAUUGGUUCCCACCACCGAGCAAUCGACAGAACCAGAGUGAUACUGCUUUGAAGAACCUGCUCUUGUUGGUUGGUUUCUUCGUAAUCCUCACGCUUAUGUUUGGGUAGAUGCACUCUAAGCUACAGAGUCAUUUUAUAAGUUAUUACGUGUUGGGAGGUUCAUGUAAGUUUGUAUAGAUAUUCAGCCAGUGCAGCUGUGAUAAGCAUGGCUGUUGAUUUUUUUUAGCUUAUUGAGAAUAAUGCACUGAGUAGCAAGAUGCUAGUAGUACUACUUGUGGAUUCUUAAGAGCAAGCAAGUUCUUGUGUGUGGUGACAUUGGGUAUAAUGAUGAUAGCAAGUUGUAUCCAGUACUUGUUCCAUUUUAAUGGUUGCUGUUCUUUUGGUGCAAUGUGUGUGAAUCUCUCAGCAGAUUCAAACUAUUGCCCUUUUUAGAUUGAGCUGGCGUUUGCUGCUUAGUCCAUCUGGGUUCUUCUGGUAUGUAUGUCUAUUCCCUGCUUUAUGAAGCAAGUGGGACCAGGAGCAGGACUUUUGAGUGAGUAGUCCAUGUCCAAGUUGGACUUCUGCAGGGUAGCUGUUGAUUGGUACGCUUCGCAGGAAGUGGGAAUUCAUGGGAUUAUUAUUGGUCGAGUUAUUCAUGGGAUACCUUGAGAAAAGAUGUUGUCGACACUAGGGAUUUCGGCCUUCGAUCCCUUUGACUUGCCGUCAAUGUCUCUUCAUCUUUUGCUCAUUAGUGUAUUUACAGAUGAUCAGAUCAGCUGGCUAUUGUAGCAGUUUGUGUAAUCCUGGAUAUGAUAUGAACUACAAAUCGCUUAAUCCGAAUGCGACUUCAACGACUCUACCAUACUCGUCAGACUCCGGAUGCUUAUAACCACAUCCUUAAACAGACAUAGGCAGCAUUUUAGUGACAUUGAAUGCUUGAUGGUUGAGAAUUAGGAUCGGGCAACAAACCGCUAAUGUUCUGCUCAAAGCCCUCUAGUGCUAUGUAUAAGAAAUUAGGAUCGAUCCC